AUGUAAGAGUUAAUCUAAAACAAUCUGAGACAAGAUGUAUAAUCAAUUGAUAAUUCAAAUUUGAGUACUUUACAAUGCUAAAUUAAUAUAGGUGAUUAAUUUUCAAAGAAAGUGUAAGCCUUAUUAGAAUAUGGAUUAUAUGAUCAAGCAUUUGAAAGAGUGAUGAACAAUAAAUAAUAAAUUUAGGAAAACUUUUAAUUACUCAUAGAACUAGCAAGGUUAUUUAAUACUUUCAAAUAACACAAAUUGGCUUUAGAAAUAAUUAAGCUCUCAAAUGUGUUUGAUUAAUAAUUGGAUAUGCAUUAAGAUCAAUAAAUAAUCAUUUUCAAAUAAUAUUACUUAGAGACCCUGGUUGAAUUGGUAGAUAUUCAAGAAGCAUUAAAAGAAACUAAAAAUAUUUAUAAUGAAUAAGUAAGAAAGAUAAUAUAAGAUGAAUUGCAUUUGAUAGAAUCACAGAAAAGAGGCUAAAUGCAUUAACACAAUCAUCAACAUCAUCAUGUUAAUGACCCUCAUCAUUAAUAAUCAAAUAUGGAAAUUCCUAAAGAUAAACGAUAGCCUCUAUUCAAACUAAUAGGUCGAAAAACAUUUAUUUUGUUAUUUAUUUUAUUUUUAAUGAUUUCUUAUUCAUUAAAAAGGAGAAAUGAUAUCAAAUUGGUAUUAGAGAAAGCCAAAAUGGUAUUAAGACAAAUAUUAAAUAUAUGAACUUGAAAUAUUAUAGUAAUGUAAUUCAUCAAAAUAUAUGCAUCAAUAUUCUGC